AUGGGAAGCUUCUGGUCUCGCGCAUCUUCUCUCCUGGAAAGGGCCUUGAGCUCCUUCCGCUCGUCCACACGAAGCACAGCCACAACCAUCCUGAUAGGAGCAGCCAUCGUCAUCGUCCUUGGUAUGGCGUGGAUGGGAGGCGGGAGCCUGAGCAGCUACUCUCUUCCUCCUACGGCUCGAUGUGCAGACACCACAGACAUCCUGAACCCCUCGACCAAGAUGUGCCAGGUUGCGAACCCUUGGGCCCUCUCCUUUCUCCGAGGGCAGGGCUGGUCUACUUGCGCCGCCGACCUUCCCGGCAUUUCGGUGUUGCAGCGGCACCAUGACAGCACGGGGAAGUUCUUCUACCCCUACAACAGAGCAGCUGAGGUGAGGGAAGUCUACAAGAGCUGCACGCCCAUGUGUGCGGCGCAGGAGGACGCGUACCACUCUCAGCUUCAGAUGUGUAUAGUACGCUACCCGGCAGCGAGGAUGUGGCUGGCAGGAUACGGCCAGUCGUGCUCGAGCUCGAGCGAGGGCAGCGGGUUCAUCUCCAAGGCAGAGGAGGGAGCCUCUCGCUCCCUCGUCCAGCAGUUCGUGUACGCGCCAGCAAACGCGAGGCAGGUCGGGAAGUUCUACAAGACGUGCAGGACGACCUGCGCGGUAGGGGAUGGGAUCAUGGCAGACGGGAAGCACUGUCAGGUGAAGGACAUGGACGCGCUGCGGUUCUUCAACGAAGGGAACAAGCAGUGCGUGUCGAGCGGGCCUGGAGUCUCCAGCAUCUCCAACACCAAGGACGGAGGAUACUUCUACCCCCUCAGACUCGGGCCCAUCGUGCAGGCCUGGUACUUGACGUGCAAGAGAAAGGAAGGGAUUCGUGCUAGCAGCAGCCGCUCGGGCCUCUCGGACAGGAUGGGGAGUGGAGGGAGCAUGGCGCAGGGGAUGGGGGGGGAGAGGAAGCCGGCGCGCCAUGGCGUGCAAAUUCUGUUCCCGUACCCGAAGCGAGCAGACAGGAUGUCGAUAACGUUGUGCAACUACGCGGACAGAACAUACUUCUACAAGGGCGGGAAGAAAGGAUCCGAGAAAGUGGCUGUGCCAAGUGUGGGGGUUGGGGAGGCAUGUAUGUCGAUUCCUCUCGAUCAAGCAUGCAAGGAUGAAGUCUGCUGGGAGAGAGGCGCCGUUGCCCCUUGCGAGACUCGAUCUUGUUUCCUCAACAGCGCAAAGGCCGUCACUGCCGGCAUUUCUGUUGUCUCGUCGGGUCAAGGAAGCGCCGUCUGCACCGUCGUCUGUACGGCUUCCAAGGCUGAAUGCAAGACCACCACUGCUGUCUACAUCGCCCCGGCGCACUGCGCGUACGUUCAGGUUCUUCCCAGCGCAGUGGACCUCGUCGAGUUUCCUGCGCCCUACGACAGCAUGGCGAAGGUUGUCUUCCCCUACCCUACCAAGUGGAAACCUGGACCAGGAUCGAGCACACGCAAACUCUCUCCCACCACCAUCAGCAUCUGCAAUUGGGGCUAUGAGGACUACUGGUUCAGCACAGGUUGGCUGACCUCAGCCGUCGUUCCACCUGAUCCACCACCAGGCGACUCCACGGAUGAGGCAUGGAAGCACGGGGCUGGGCAUGUGCUUGUCAAGCCCAUCGGUAGAGGAACGGACGGAUGUGUCGUCGUGAACGCUGAGCAGCUGAGUUGGAAGAGAGGUUACAUCGCGCCCUGUCCAUCUGGAGAGGCAUCCUGUGCUCGUAUCCUUGCACAAGAGGUGCACGCAGGAGUGAAUGUUGUGAAUCCCACGGAGGCAGGACAAGCACUGUGUAACGUUGAAUGCGCGUCGGACGCGUCUGUCUGCAAGACAACUACUGUAAUCUUGAUCUCCCCGGUGAAAUGCGACAAGGUUCACGUCGCGACCAUGUGAACAGCAAAGACGUUCUCCCUACAACCCCGUGUAAAAACAUUUUCAUUCUCUGCC